CAUUCCGUUUGAUUCCAUUCAGUUCUAGGGCGAGAAACGUAACACUUCUUAAAAUGCCUCAUCCUCAGUUGAAUCGGAAUAUACCAAUUCCUCAAUAUUUCAGCGGAAAAAGUAUUUUCAUCACCGGUGGUAGUGGUUUCUUAGGUAGAGUGCUCAUUGAAAAAUUGCUGAGGUCUUGUCCGGAUUUGAAAAAUAUUUACAUGGUACUCAGACCAAAAAGAAAUAGGAGUAUAGAAGAAAGGAUUAGAGAUUUGACUAAUGUUCCAUUAUUUGAUGAAUUAAGGAAACAGAAUGAACAUUUUCUCGACAAAAUAAUUCCUGUGAAUGGAGACAUCAAAGAACUAAAUCUUGGAAUCAGCGAGCAGGACCGUAAACGUCUAAUCGAAAAUGUCAAUAUUGUGUAUCAUUCCGCAGCUUCUGUAAGAUUUGAUGAUCAUCUUAAAGACGCCAUCCUCUCUAAUGUAAGAAGUGCACGAGAAAUUAUAACCUUGGCUUUAGAAAUGAAAUCUCUAGAAGUAUUUGUUCAUGUUUCUACUCUUUAUGCUAAUGCCGAUCAUAUGGUUUUGGAGGAGAAAUUAUACCCGAGACAUGAUUGGCGUGACACCAUUGCUUUGGCUGAAAACUGCGACGACACGAUUAUUGAAGUAAUGACACAAAAAUUUAUUCAUCCACUUCCGAACACAUACACCUUCACAAAAUCAGUUGCCGAAUUACUUGUUGCUGAUCUCUGCAAAAACAAAAUUCCUGCCGUUAUCAUAAGACCCUCUAUUGUUAUGCCAAGUAUACUUGAACCCGUGGUGGGAUGGAUAGAUAACUUUAACGGACCAUUUGGAUUUAAUGUCGCAGGAGCUAAAGGUCUAUUGAAAACCGUUUACUGCGACCCGGAUGUUAAGCUGGAUUAUGUUUAUGUCGAUAAUGUAGUUAAAUCAAUGAUUGUGGCAUCUUGGAAAAAAGCAACCGAGAAACAGAUUCAAGAUGUGUUGAUUUGUAACGUUGCAUCGGAUGCAUUUCUAUCGGUGUCAUUCAGUUACAAAAACGUGGACGUUGUAAUUGACAAUCCACCAGAAACAUAUAUUUGGCCUAUUUCUUUCAUGUACACGAAUUGUUUUUAUAUGUUUUUCUUGACCAAUUUGAUUUACCAAAUAAUACCAGCCAUAUUCAUUGAUGGAUUACGUUGGGCAUUCGGACAAAAAAGGAG